CGUUUUUUCCCUUCCGCUCCCGUCCCAUCGUCCACACAGACACCGAGACACGAGCGUCGACAGAGAGAGCUACGGUGACAUGUCGGCAGCUAGCUGGAGCAUUCCGGCGAUCCCGCGGGCGGCCCCGCCGGCCAGGGGCGGGCUGCCCGGGGACGCCUUCCUGGUGGCCGCGCGGCCGGGGCCGGGCCGGCGCCGUGCCGCUCCUGGUAGGAGAUUGAGGCUCAGAGGCGGAGGCGUCGUCGUGGCCCGCGCUGGUGCGGCGGAGGUGCCCGUGACUCACCCCGAAGAGUCCGGAGUGGUGUUCUCCGAGAAGUUCCCCUUGCGCCGAUGCAAAACUGUCCAAGGUAAGGCAUGGGCGAGGGUCGUUGCGGAGCCGGAUGGGGAAGGGAUGUGCAAGAUCGUUAUCGGCUGCGAUGUAGAGGGCAAGUGGGUGCUGCACUGGGGUGUCUCCUACGAUGGUGAGCAGGGAAGAGAAUGGGAUCAACCUCCUUCGGAAGUUAGACCUCCUGGUUCAGUUACAAUCAAGGAUUAUGCAAUUGAAACACCACUGGUGGGUUCUCCCAAUUCAGAAGGACAUAUGGUUCAUGAAGUGGAAAUCAAAUUCAAUCAGGACACUCCAAUUGCCAUUAUCAAUUUUGUUCUAAAGGAAGAGGAAACAGGUGCAUGGUUUCAACAUAAGGGCGGGGAUUUCAGAAUACCCUUAAGUGGGUCCCUCGAGGAUGGAGAUCCAUUCGGAGCACAACAAGAUACUGUACACCCAGGAGCAAAACCUGAAGGAUCUAGUGCUCAGCCACAAGAAACUGUCCCUGGAGAUAAAGGUCCAAGUGUAAAACGUAUUUCAGAGUUCUAUGGGGAAUAUCCCAUCUUAAAAUCAGAGUAUGUUCAGAAUUUUGUAUCUGUUACUGUGACGGAAAACAGUGAAACGGAUAAAAGUCUUGUGGAAUUUGACACUGACAUUACUGGCCAAGUUAUCAUUCAUUGGGGAGUUUGCAAAGACAAUACUAUGACAUGGGAAAUCCCAUCAGAACCUCAUCCACCAAAAACAAAGAUUUUCCGACAGAAAGCUCUUCAGACCUUGCUACAGCAAAAAACUGAUGGAACAGGCAACACUAUAUCAUUCUUACUGAAUGCAGACUAUUCUGGUCUUGUUUUUGUGCUCAAACUUGAUGAGUAUACUUGGUUGAGAAAUGUAGAUAAUGGAUUUGAUUUCUAUAUUCCCCUUAAAGAGCCUCAUAAGUCUGAUGAACAGAAAGUUGAUGAUAAGUCUGCACAAACUGAUGGCUUAAUCGGUGAUAUAAGAAAUCUGGUUGUUGGCCUAUCAUCUAGAAGGGGUCAGCGAGCAAAGAAUAAAGUACUGCAAGAAGAUAUCCUGCAAGAAAUUGAGAGGUUAGCAGCCGAAGCUUAUAGCAUUUUUAGGAGCCCCACUAUUGAUGCUGUAGAGGACUCUGUUUACAUCGAUGACCCAGCAACUGUGAAGCCAGCUUGUUCUGGCACUGGAUCUGGAUUUGAAAUACUGUGCCAAGGAUUUAACUGGGAAUCACAUAAGUCAGGGAAAUGGUAUGUUGAACUUGGUGCAAAGGCCAAGGAGUUGGCAUCCCUGGGGUUCACCAUUGUUUGGUCACCACCACCUACUGAUUCUGUAUCACCUGAAGGAUACAUGCCAAGGGAUUUAUAUAAUCUGAAUUCCAGAUAUGGAACCAUAGAAGAGUUGAAGCAGCUUGUGAAUAUUUUCCAUGAAGCUGGUGUGAAGGUUCUUGGUGAUGCUGUCCUAAAUCAUAGGUGUGCUCAGUUUCAGAAUCAAAAUGGGGUCUGGAAUAUUUUUGGUGGACGUAUUAAUUGGGAUGAUCGAGCAGUCGUUGCUGAUGACCCACAUUUCCAGGGAAGAGGAAACAAGAGCAGUGGAGAUAAUUUCCAUGCUGCACCAAACAUUGAUCACUCACAAGACUUUGUGAGGAAUGAUCUUAAAGAAUGGCUUUGCUGGAUGAGAAAGGAAGUUGGAUAUGAUGGAUGGAGGCUUGAUUUUGUUCGUGGUUUCUGGGGUGGAUAUGUCAAAGACUAUCUCGAAGCAAGUGAACCAUACUUUGCAGUAGGAGAGUACUGGGACUCUCUCAGUUACACUUACGGUGAAAUGGAUUAUAAUCAAGAUGCUCACAGGCAGAGAAUUGUUGACUGGAUAAAUGCUACAAGUGGAACUGCUGGUGCAUUUGAUGUGACCACUAAAGGAAUACUACAUAUGGCGCUGGAAAGAUCUGAGUAUUGGCGCUUAUCUGAUGAAAAAGGAAAACCCCCUGGAGUAUUAGGCUGGUGGCCUUCACGUGCAGUCACAUUUAUAGAAAAUCAUGACACUGGUUCCACUCAGGGUCAUUGGAGAUUCCCCUAUGGUAUGGAGAUGCAAGGAUAUGUUUAUAUCUUGACGCACCCUGGCACUCCUGCAGUCUUUUAUGAUCAUGUCUUUUCACACUUACAGCAAGAUAUUGCUAAAUUAAUCUCUGUCAGACGCCGGCUAAAGAUCCACUGCCGCAGCAAGAUCAAGAUACUCAAGGCAGAACAGAAUUUAUAUGCGGCGGAGAUUGAUGAGAAGGUAACAAUGAAGAUUGGCUCGGGACAUUUUGAGCCAACUGGUCCCAUAAACUGGAUUGUUGCUGUUGAGGGACAAGAUUACAAGAUCUGGGAAGCGUCGUCGUAGACUCUGCCGCACGCAUCAGUUCCAGAUUACGACCACUCAGUAUAUAGCUCAGAGGAGCAAAAUUAAUACUAGGACGAGCUGAUGGCAUCAAGCUAGGACGAGAUGAUGGCAUUAGAACAGAGAGUGUCUGAUGCCGCUGCUGGUCUCUCCUGCAGCAAGGCUUUCACUGAAGUGAAAUUAUAUGCAUACAAUUGAACAUUUUUUUAUCUAUGCAAAAUUUCCUGCUUAUUGCAGAGAUCACUCCACUUUGUUGGAUCUAUGUAAGACCAUACACUUGCAGUAAAUAAAGUACGGAGUACUACAUUAAUAUUCAAGUAAAAUUUUCAAAGUCA